AUGAAGUUCGGUAUCAGCAAACCAGAGAGCUUGCACGAUACACCCCGCAAUGUCUUGAAUUGGAAGCUCUUUUGGAGCGCUGCUAUUUUCGGUCUUCUUGGUGCCAGUCGAGGCCUCGAUGAGGGUCUAGUUGGCGGCAUGGUUAGUCUCGAAAGCUUUAAGACUGAGUUCCGCCUGGAAGAAGGAUCCGAAAGCCACCAAGCUAGUGUUCUCUCCAAUAUUACCAGUAUGGUCCAGCUCGGCAGCAUUGUCGGAGCUUUCCUUGCGUUCCUUCUCUGUGACAGACUUGGCCGGGUCCGCACUCUACAAAGUCUAUGUUUGCUAUGGCUUGUGGGCUUCAUCAUUGUUGUCGUAAGCCACGGUAAUGUCAACCAGGUCCUCGCGGGCCGCUUCAUUGCCGGACUGGGCAUUGGCAUGACUACGGUUGUUGGCCCAAUGUACAUUGCCGAGAUUGCACCGAAGAGUGUUCGUGGUAUGUUGACCAACAUCUUUGCGGGCUCCGUUUACCUAGGCGCCACGAUUGCCUUUUUCAGUAAUUGGCGAGCGUCGGUCAAUCUACCAAAUGACUCCCGCUGGCAAUGGGUUGCGCCGCAGUUUGCCCAUAUUGGAUUUGCAAUUUUUUUCUUCGUUUUAUCUUUCUUUGUUCCCGAAACUCCACGGUAUUUCAUGAUUCAAGGACAGCAUGAAAAGGCAGAGAAGGCACUCGCCAAUAUUCGAAGACUAGAGACCAAUCACCCAUAUAUCCAGGCAGAGAUCAUUGGCAUUCGCAACCAGUUGGAGCAGGAACAGGAAGCAUCCCACGGCGUCUCGCGAUGGGGCAAGGUCCGCGAGCUUCUCCUGGUGCCUGCCAACCGCUAUCGACUCAUGUUAGGCAUCAUGUCACAGAUACUAGGCCAGUGGUCGGGCGCCAAUUCGAUCACCAUCUAUGCGACCGAAUUCUUUGGAGUCCUCGGAAAGUCCGGGCAGUCGGAGAAGCUGUUUGCAAGCUGUAUUCUCGGUGUUGUCAAGUUGGUCUCGGCGUAUUUUUGUGCAUUCUUCUUGAUCGACUUCGUUGGCCGGCGUCGCUCUCUGUACAUGGGCAUUACUCUCCAAAUGAUCUGUUUAUUGUACAUCGCCAUCUACCUUGGCAUCGUUGGUUCAGAGACUCUGGAGUCUGGCGAAAUGACUCCGUCUCAACGCCGAGGCGCAGUCGGCUCAAUCGCCAUGAUCUAUAUGUCUGGCAUCGGAUGGACAAUGGGAUGGAACGCAUUCCAGUAUCUCGUCAACGCCGACAUCUGGCCUCUCCGGCUGCGCGCUUUAGGUAGCUCUCUUGUCAUGUGCUUGCAUUUUCUGAACCAGUUUGGCAAUACAAAGGCCGUGCCCAGUAUGCUUCUUGCACUGCAGAGCUAUGGGUUUUUCGCUUUCAGCGCAGCGGUCAGUCUUGUCGGUCUGGUUUGGGUAUGGUUCUUCGUGCCCGAGCUUACUGGACGGUCCCUUGAAAGCACUGAUGAGUUGUUCUCGCUGCCUUGGUACAAGAUCGGAAGACACGGCCACAAACUGGUCCCAGAUGCAGAUACCCUUCGUGUCUAUCAUGAGAAAGACCCAGGGACAGCAGAGGCGCAGCAUGUGGAAUACAGGGUUGAGAGUGAACGCAAUAGAUAA